CAUGCGCAGUGUGCUCCCGAAGUAAACGUAAACAGUUUUUAUGGUGUAGGCUACACGGUACCUAGUUCGGGCUGUAAAGAGAGGAUGUUUUCAGGAGUUGUAAUGGUUAUUUUGUUAUGAAUCGUUUAAAAAGUUGAAUAGAUUCGCUGCUUCAUUGUAGGGCCUACAGGUCCUAAGUGAACCCUAUUAAGAUUAAGAAUGGAAAUUGAGCACAAACUUGGGGAUUUUAUACCUGGUGAGCCUCUCCCAGCUAGAUCAGAACAUGGAAGCAUUGAAAGUGUUUUGAGUGACAACAGAAGUGUGCACAUCAUUGAUGAUAUUCCCGAGAAAAAACGAAUCGAAGAUGAAUUGAAUGAACGAGUGGAAACACUUUUGUUAGAGAAAGUUGAUACCGGCGACAAACUUGCGAUAUUCCAGCUAGCACAGUUCUACUUUGAACAGGAGGACUACAAACGUGCCUUGAUAUAUUUUGAGAGAAUAAAGGACACCGAUCCACAAGCACAGUUUCAGCUUGGUGUCAUGUACCAUGAUGGUCUAGGAACAAGUGCAGAUCACAAGAGAGGCUAUGAAUUUAUGCUACAGGUAGCAAACAACUUACACCCCAGCAACCAGCACUUGAUACACGCUGCUCAAUACAACAUUGGAAGAGCACACUUCGAAGGAUGCGGAGUGAAGCAGUCGGAUGAGGAGGCGGAGAAGUGGUGGUUAUUGGCAGCAAAUGACGGUCAUCCCAAGGCAAGCAUCAAGGCACAAACUGCACUCGGAAUGUACUACUGCCGGGAAGAGUCUCUAGAUCUAAAAAAGGCUCUAUUCUGGCACUCUGAAGCAACUGGCAAUGGAAGUUUAGAAUCACAAGGAGCCCUCGGUGUGAUGUACGAGUUGGGACAAGGGUGUCGUAAGAACUCUGAUUCAGCGUUUGAAUGCCUGAAGGAAGCAUCUGAACGAGGCAACGUGUAUGCAAUGGGCAACUUGGCCUCACAUUACUACUCUAAGAAGCUGUAUACAAAAGCUGCUGAGACUGCUGCCAGAGUAUCUCAGUUUACAGAUGUUGCAGGUAUUUCCAAAGAGACAGAUUGUUUACCGUUGUUUAUAGCUAAAGGGAUUGCAAUAGGAAGCUUCUACUAUGCCAGGUGUCUUCAUCUGGGGCAUGGUGUGCAGAAAGACAAGGAACUAGCCCAGAAGUAUUAUAGCCAGGCAUUCCAAUUUGAUGGAAGCACAACGCAGAUGCUACAGAAUAUGGUAACACAUGGCAAGAUAUAAUAAGCAACAAGAUAUGCAGUGCCUUAUGGAAUCCUGCCAUAAAUCAACCAUUCCUAUUAAUUAUUGUGAAUUUAAUAUAUAUUUAUAAUGCAUGUAUUGAUAAAUGUUUUAAAUAAAUAAGAUUUUCUUAUUCCAUUUCUAUAUGUACAUUAGUAUUUUCAUCUUUGCAUUAAAAACUGCAUAAAAAUAAAUGUGAAACAAAAUAGUAUAUCUAUUGGUGUAUUGAUAACUGUUCCACAUAUGCCAUGUUUUAUAUAAUUAUAGAUGGUCAUUUGUUUCUUCUCUACACAUUAAUACAGUAUUUCUAUAUUUGUAUUGAAAACUUUAUCAGAAAUGUAUGUUAAGAGAAUAUAUUUUAAUAAUAAUAAUAAUAAUAAUAAUAAUAAUAAUGUCAUUUUGUUAGGCGCACGUAUCCAUCCCUAGUAGGGGUGCUCGCGGCGCCGUUUUCCACCUGCCAAGUGUACAUGUAACCAAUUUCGCAUUAUUAUGUGAAUUAAUUAAUUUUAAUUAUUUAUUUAAUCUUAAUGUAUAUUUAUUUGUGUCAGACCAGACAUGCGUAGUUUAAGUAUCUGGAAAAAAGUAUUUGUAAGAAGCGAAGUUUAUACAACAGGUGACUUAAUUAAUGUAGUCAAUUUUACCCAACACAAACGGUAACUAUUGGUCCAGUUUUUUUCCCCAUGGAUUUAAAUUUGCAGUAGGUUUUCAGACAGAGAUUUUGCACGUACAUGAUCAGUCUAAUUGAUACAUUUUGUGGAGAGUUUAGAGUUGCGUUCCGAAGGUGUGAUUUAGUCGACCUGUUCGCAUUCCACUUUUCUGCUUAGAAAAAGGACAGCGUGAAUAUUCAAACAUUUAUUUGGUUAAACUUGUUUUGGUUAUUCAACCAAGAGAAUGUUACGCAGGCUGCUGUUCGUUAAUGGAUUUUUUUUGUCAAGUGGUCAAGUAUAUGGUCAGUUUGACCAAACUUUAUCCGCAGUGUCAAUCAAACUUAACAACUGACCGAUCAACUUAAGGCCAGGAAUAUGUGAGUGUCCUCAUUGGCGUAAGGAAGGAGCCGGAGGCCCUUGGGUAGGGGCCUGUGGGCCGCAAAGAGUCCCAGGUAGUGGUCUGGGGUUCGGCGUUUUUAGCGUUCUAUGACAUAUUUUAAUGCUUUUUUUACACAUUCAAAUUCAAAGUUUAUUUAUCGUGAUUUCACCCAAAAAAGCAUACUUAUAUACUACAGAAUAUGGCUUGGAAAAAACGUGCCUUGGUUAUUCGUUUAUUUAAAAAAAAUUUGAAUUUUCUUGGGACCCCUUGAGGCUUCGAGGCCCCAGGCUUUAGUCAGUGGAACUCGUAGCCGUUACGCCACUGCAUGCGCUACAAAUGCAUGUGUUGUCAAACAAUCCCACGUGUUUACAUACGUAUAAUAUUAUGCUAUUGUUUUGUGGGACAUUGGGAACGAUAUCCAAGGGGCGGGAUUAGCAGACAGGUCCAUGUCUGCUGCCAGAUGAAUAACUGCAUUAUAUACAUUUCAUACGUAUUAGUAAAUAAUAUAAAUUUGGUAUUGAAUAUU